AAGAAUUAUACAUUUAUCUAGGAUUCUCUCUCGGUGUAUAGGUUGGGAUUGGUUGGUUCAUUAUAGGCGGGACUAGUAAACGCUAUAACAGCAAUUUGCCUUUUUAUUGCGAAUGUAACUAGUUUUAUCCCUUACUAAAACAUGAAACAAACCUGGCAUCCGCAUAAUACCAAGGUAUCAGCUUUUACAGAAAGAAUGCGACAAUGUUAACUGUGCAGAGCAGAUGUGGUGAACAUGGCGGAGGAAUACACUUUCAGUUUCAAUUUUGUCUGAACUUUUAAGAAAUAAAUAAAGUAAAAAGAAGUACGACAUUUCUUGAAAGCCAUUUAAGAACAGAGGCGAUAUGUGGAGGUAGUUUAUUUAGCGAUAUAUGACAUCGAGACAUGAACGUACUUCGCUAGUGAAGCCGUAGAAACAGCACCCAAAUAUAGACAUAAAAUGGAUACCAAGUGUGAAUUAAUUUUCAUCAAUAAUCAUCUGGUGCUUGCUCAGGGGUUUGCCAAGGGCCUUGUGAAGCUUGUGAAUGUAAAAGGUCACGUUCCUGUUUAGAUUUUUAUUAUUACUUAUAUGAGUGAUGCGGUAGUUUCAAUGAUAAGACUCACACCUAAAUGUGAAUAAAACUUUAUGUAUAGUAUGCAGAGUGGUUUUAUGGUAAGAUGAUUUCCGCUGAAGAUAGUUGAUUCGAGUGUCACGUGGUGAUUGGGUGGAGUUUUCUGGAUGAUGUCAGGGGGUGCAUACCAGUCCUCAGAGGGCCCUGUGGCCGAGGGGACAACAGGGGAAAACGCGUCUCAGCCGCGUAACCCUCUGCUGUGUUUCCUGUGUGAUGAUUACUAUUCAGAGCCUUGUUUACUCAGUUGUUACCAUAGCUUCUGCUCUCGCUGUCUUCGAGGGAGAGAUGUCGAUGGAAAGCUAACCUGCCCACUGUGUGGGCAGCAAACAGUGCUAAAAGAAGGGUCUUCCCUUCCACCUGUAGACAUUUUGAUGCGACAACUUAUUGAGCUGGCCAAUGCAGAGAAUCCACCUUGUGCCAAUUGUGACAAACGUGACAAAGCUUCAAUGUAUUUCUGCUCAACAUGUGGCCAGGCUCUGUGUAACCACUGUCGUGAGAACACACACCGAGCAAAAAUGUUCUCUACGCAUGAAGUUGUCCACAUGUCAAAAUGUUUAAAGGAAGGCCAUCGUCGGUGUGCAGUGCAUGGGGAGCAGUACAUUAUGUUCUCCAACACACAAAAGAAUAUGCUGUGUGUCAACUGUUUCCGGGAUACCCCAGCAGAAGCCAGGUUACAGUGUGUUGACAUCGACACUGCAUAUACACAGGGAUGUAAAAAACUUGAUCGAGCAGUUUUGUCGUUGUGUGACCUGCAGAAUUCAGUCCGUGAGGGCCUGUUUAUGUUCAAGACACUUUUGGAUGAGCUGCAACAAAACAUGGAGUCUGAGAAACACACCAUCAACAGUUUCUGCCAGGGGAUGCAGGAAGCUAUAGCUAAGACACAUGCGAGUAUGAUCAUGGAAGUGCAAAGGCAGUUUGAGACAAAGGAGCGUCAGUUUCGAGGUCAGCUGGUCAACUUGGGUACGGUUCUGCCACUUCUUCAGCUUCACCUGCUUCUCUGCUCAUCAUUCUCCUCUGCAGCUAAUAAGUAUCAGUUCCUGGAUCUGGCUUACCCAAUGAUGGAUCGCUUAGCUGCUGUUUCCCAGCUUAGUCAACCACCUAGGCCUGUUCAGUCAAGUCAGAUUCGUACCAAUUAUCGUAAUGAAUUCUCUCAUGCUCUGGAACCAUGGGUUGGAAAAAGUGUCAUCACAGCUACACAACAGCAACAGCAAGCAGGUGGGGAAAUGGGGCCACAGGUGUCAGGACCUGGUUUGUAUGAACCUUCACAAGUGCAGCAGUCACAGCAACCCUCACAACAGCAACAUGGUGGUUCACAACCAUCUGCCACACAACAUUUCCAUCCACCUCCCUCCAGACGACAGCACUCAGCAUUAAGAGCAAAAGCACUUGAAGGAGAGGGACCAUUCUCAAACCACUGCCGUAGUUUUGAUUCUCAGAUCAAGGAACUGAGUCAGCAGCUGUGCGGGGUGAAAGAACGUCUUGGAGAACUUCACCGUGAUGUAACAUUGCUGAGGAGAGCGCACACUCCUCCUUUAGCAGCACGUUAUGAGCAUGUGACAAGAGAGUGUGCGGUUCUAGAGGAACAGCUGGAACGGCAUCAGGUGGAACUGGAGAGGCUGAAGAAUGUGUUUGAUACUCUGUGGGAAGAACAGUUAUGUAGAAUCCAUGUAGAACAAGAGAUCUUCCAGUCACAGAUGAAUGACAUCCUUACAUUACGUGCUGAAGUAAAACAUUUAAGCUUGAUAGCACAUCAGCUAGAACCAUAUGUGAAAUCGUUGGCUGCAGCUGAAAGGAGUCAGGCAUCAACCGAUUCAGUACAGCAGCAGCAGCAGCCGCAAGAACCAAUUUCAUCACACCAACAGCUUCAGAGCUUGCUUGAACAUAUCAGUAUGUUGCAGCUUGAUGCAGCUUCCUCUUACAGAAUGGACUCAUCAGGAGCACAGAAGGGUGAAUGUCGUGUGCAUCCUGGUCAAGUGGUGACCUCUCCUAGUGCUGAAAAUAUUAUGUACAUGAAAGUGGAUGGAAAAGAGGCACCAGUAAGGGAAGUGUCUCGCACACGAGGUACAUCUGGCCGGGAACAGCAGCAAGUAACUGCAGCCAUGUUGGAUGUUAGUGGUAGUGGUGUCAGCAUCUAUGGCAGUCGGCAACAGCAGACCCCUGCAAUUGGCCAAAGUUUGCAAAAUGUUGAUACAGGAAGAGACGGGAAACGGGGUGUUCUAAGUCAGCUUAUAGAGAAGGUCCGUACAAAAGAAGAUCGAAAAAAAUCUCCUGUCCAGGAAGAGGCCAGGGUAUUACUUGGAAGGGAACGGAGCAAAUCAGAUGGACGUGGUGGCGGUGUUUCUGCUGUAGUUGAAGGUGGAAGAACAAAGUUAACGUCAGGACAUCAGGGAAGUGAAACAAAAUCCCAGGCAGCAGUGGGAGGAGGAAAGAGUACUGCUUUCAGAACAGGCAAAGGUGACGCUUCUACGCAGCGUUACAGCUCUGCUGCUGCUUCUUCAAGAGAAAGUUCUUCAUCAAAAGUGGCAUCUCUUUAUCACACCAUCAGUGGAAAGGUUCUGGGAUCUCGAGAUUCUUCUGAUCGGUCAGACACUAUUUCUGGCCUUGAGAUGUCAGGGCAAGGCACCAUUGCUAGUCACCACCACUUGCCUCCUCCCCCACCCCCUACUACAGCUCGGAGACCACAGUCUCAUCAUGAAGACAUACCUUCUUCAGAUCUUGCCGGACACCUAGAUGUCAGAGAAAGGCUUGAGGCUCAUCUCAAGGAAAAGCUGCAGGAAAUGAUGCGGCACCGGUUAAUUCGGGCAAGUUCAGUAGGAGAGAAGGGCAUUGACAGUCAAGGGACAGAGGAAAGUGAGUAUCAGCGCAUAUCUGAAGCUACAACAUCCCCUGUUGGAGGAUCAGAUGGGGGAGGUAUUACAAAACAAGCAGUAAGAGCCAUGAUUCAUCGGGAACCAAGUACAGCUGCUAGUACACCUACAUCUCCACAUAGGCAUCGUGGUGAACAGCAAGGUAAGAUUGUGAGGCUAUAUCCAGCUUCAGAUACUGAAGACAGUGUUUUUUAUGCUACAGAAGAUCAGGGAGGGACAGCAGAUAAAGCAAGAAAACAGAAUUCAUGUGAGAGUUUAACUCUAAGUACAGUUUCUGUGAAUAGUCGACGGUCUUCUGUUGAUUUAGGAGAUAGGAAGACUCUUGUUGUUGUAAUUGGUACCAGUAGUAAAGGUGCUAAAGCACGGUUAAUGCAGAAGCAGAGAUCAUGGGAGACCUUUCCACCAAAAAAAAGGGGUAUAGGAGCAGAUGAACGAGGCGAAGGUUUUGGAAAAUUCUGUAGAGAUCCAGAUGCAUUUCGUGGUGGCUUUGAGCUACGUCCAGCUCAGUCUGGAAGUCAGGGAGCUCUGGGUUCAUUGAGGGGAGAAGUAGGAAGUUUGAAGAAAGCAGACAGUUUUGAAGGGCAUGAAGAGGCAGUGCGAACACUUGUUGCAGCAGUCCAAGAAACAAGAACUCAACACAUGCAGCAGCAACAGCAGCAGAGGAAACAAAGUCAACCAAAACAAAGUGGAGGAGGAAAUUGAGAAAAUGGGUAUGUGAGGAUUAAGAAGGUAACUGUGGUUUCCAUAGGCCUCCUGAGGACCACCGAGAUAAUUAGAGAUACUGUCAAAGCUAUCAGGAUGUAUAAAGAAGCAUGGGAAAGCAAGAAAUGAAGAGAGUGCAUACCUUGUAGUUUACACUUAUUUGGUUAUAUGUAUGGUACAAAGAAUGACAGAGUCAUAAAACUCUAAUUUCUAAGACUACAAAAUAUUUGAAAUAAGUCUAGAAUAAUAAUCAAAAGUAUGAAAUACUAUUACAAUAAAGGAAAAUUUGAUUUUUCAAACAUGCAGCAUGUACAGUAGUUGUAACUGUAUAGUCUGACAUCAGAUUAUAUGGCUUGUAUUGCAUUAUGCUUUGUUAAAAUCCCCUGCUGCAUAGAUACAAGUUCAGAAAUGCCUCUGUGGGCUAGUGGUCAAAGUUCCUGGCUACAGAUCCAGAAGUUCCAGGUUAGAUUCCUGGCACUACCA